AUGUUACCAGAGAUUUCAGACAGUUCUCUGAAAUCUGCAGUGAUCAAUUCAUGUAAGUUCCAUGUUCCACCCCAGCAAGAUCUUUCCAAACAAAAAAAUGUUCUCACUACUCCUCCACCACCGCCUCCUUUUGGUUUUAUUCCACCUCCACCACCGCCACCACUUCCUUCACACAAAAGCAUGCCCAAACGGAACGGAAAGAACCCUAUUGAUUUUCAUGUACAUUCACAAUUCAUUCAGUCUCAGUUGUCCGAUGUCAUGAUUGGAAUCUUGCCUUCCUCGUACAAUCAUUUGAACAACCAUGAUGGACCACUUUGGAACAAUGACAAGGACGGAUUUGCUUAUCCAGCACACAAAGUGGUCCUGAUUCAAGCCUUUCGAUUGAAAAAGUACAUUUUACAACGUCACUCUUCCUCGAAUUUGAAUUUUAUUCAUUUGCAUGACGCUUUUUCCGUGUAUGAUUUUGUCGGAAGAUCUCAAGAUGAUGAUGAUACUGAACACAGUUAUGAGCACUUUCUUCGAUCAAAUAGCAAUACACAUGAUCAUAUAUCACCUGGUUCAGAUCAUGUAAGAGAAGGUAAACAACCAUUAUCCAAUUCAUCGAUCAUGUCAUUACCGACUUUCUCCAUUCAGGAAGAUUGUUUUCUGAGUGCUCUUUCCAUAUUGUAUGGGCAAGAUGUUGCUCUUUUAGAACUCACACAAGAAUAUGCUUUUCAAGUAUUUGAUUUAUUGUUGAGAAUGGGAGCGUAUGACGUUGCUGCUCGAUGGAUUGAACAACAUGUCGAGUUGCAAGAGCAGAGUGUAGAACAUUUAUACUUUGCAUUAUUACUGUGGAAGAGAUGCUUUCAAGAAGAGAGCUAUUUGAAAUGGAUUAAUAGAACCAUCAAGAAGCAAGUGGAAUUUCAUUGCAAUUUGAUUCAUCCAGAAAUGGCAAGUGUUAGUUCUGAGAAUACUGGUAACGCUUUGAAUGGUUGGAACUCGCAAACUGCGUCCCAGAGUGGUACACAGGCUCAAGGACAUGACCACGAUGAAGACCCGAUUGAAAUUUCCAAAAUGAUCUCAUCCGUACACAAACUCAUGCAUGAUGUGAUUCAUCGACAACUCUUACAGGAACAAUUGAGAGCAUCAUGCUUUCAUUGCUCUACCUUCAGUAGUAGCACGAACCCUUUGACUGGCUUCCACGAAAAUAUAAAAGCAGAGACCAUGCAAGAACGAGUUCUGUAUCAGGUCAUUUCUACAAGCUUCUCGUUGGACCAACUAGUAGCAUUUAUUGAGACUGUAUGUUGUCCAUACUUGAAAUGGGGACCAUGUUGUGAAAUGAUCAUGAAAUGGGCCUUACAUGAUGAGAAUCGAUGUGUACUCUAUUUAGGAGACUUGUUAUUGAGAGCAGAGAAGGCAUUCAAAGAGUAUGAGAAGAGUGGUGCUGCCAAUAGUCGUGCAUUCAUUCCGCCUCCUCCACCCUCAUUGAUGGUCCAUGUACCACCUCGUCAUGGUUGUUGUGUUCAACAGCAACAACAACAACAAACACGGCCAACACCUCCUUCUACAUCGGGAGGCCUUUUGUCGCAAUUCAGUGGAAGACUAUUUUGA